UCUGAACUGCACACACUCUAGCUUGCUUUUCUAAGAGACUGGGAUUUUCUUCUUUUAAAAAUCCUCUCUGAAAAUGACCAUCAAAAACUUUUUGAUUGAAUAUGACUCCAUCAACAGCAGCAACACCUUCACAAACGGAGAUGUAAUCAACGGGAGGAUCAUUGUGGAGAACUCGAAGGAGGUAAAGAUUCAGUCUCUGGUGUUUAUUGCCAAGGGAAAGGCUCGGGUCUCCUGGCACGAGCACCACGGGCACCACGGGCAACACCAAAAUCAUCGUAAAAGUCAUUACUGGGCUGAUGAGAAAUACUAUGAAGUCAAACAUCACAUCUUGAGAGAGGCGAGACAAGAUGGGACUGAAAUCAUUGGACCAGGCAGACAUGUGUUUCCCUUCACAUUCAGGAUUCCUGACAAGAGAAUCCCCUCCUCUUUCAAGUCACCUAUCGGGAAGAUAGUCCACAAGCUGACGGCAGAGCUUCAUCAGUCAAUGAAGCUAACUAAAACUGCAAAAGUCCAUUUUGAUUUUGUGUCCAAAGCAGACAUGGACAUUCCCAACCUUCUGGAUCCUCAGUAUGGCUGCAAGGAUAAAAACUUCAAGGUUUUUGGUUCUGGAAGUGUUUCUUUGGAUGUUUAUACCAACAAAAUGGGAUACAGACAAGGUGAAACUCUCCAAGUCACAGCUGAAAUAAAAAACAAUGCGAGUCGCUCAGUGAAGCCCAAAUUUGAGCUCUAUGAGAAAAUCAGUUUUUUUGCACAAGGACGAAGGAGAAUGUCCACAAAUGAGAUCCUCAAGGAGAAGGCAGAGGAAAUGGAGGCUUCAUCUGGCAGCAAAACUGUCACCAAAACGAUCACCAUCCCGAGAGAGCUACCAGCCUCCAUCCUGAACUGCUCCAUCAUCAAGCGGGAAUACAGGCUGAAGGUAAUCCUGGACAUCAAAUAUGCUGUAGAUCCAGAGAUUAAACUCCCCAUAAUCGUCCUACCCAAGAUUUCAGGUGAAAAACAACCCACUGCCAACGUUGGAUUUGAGUCAUUUGGAGGAGCAAAUUAUCCUGCCUGGAGCAACACACCCCAACAAGCAGCACAUGCAUUUGUGGAUCCGCCACCAGCUUAUGGAGCAUAUCCAAUGUACCCCUCACAUCCUGAUUACAAAUCAUAGACAAGGACUUACUUUGCUUGCAUGCCAUUAUUUGAUGUUUUCAGACUCAUGGAUAUAUAUAUAUAUAUAUAUAUCCCAAUCAUAUCCUUUUCCUGCAGCUUUUAUUUGUGGAUGUUUGCUUUCUUCAUUGUCCAUAAUACAACUCAGUUGCUGUAAAAAGAAAUUGCUGCCAUUACAAAUAAUAUGUAAAUGUUAUAUAUGAGAAGCUGAUUUGCACCUUUGGAUUGGCUUAUAGAUUGCACAUUUGUAAAGUGAAAGCUGUCUUUCUUUGUGUUUAACUGCUGCACAUAGCCGUUUCUUGCCACAGGCAGACAAGGCGAGUGCCCAGGGCCCCCAAGCCACCGGGAGCUCCAAAGCUGAAAAUGUAUCCUCAUCUGAGGAGAAGUGAUUUCACCUGUCUUUAUCAGAAGCUAUCUCGUGUGACUGUUAUGUCACUUAUGGGCUUAAAUAUACAGUAUAUGUAGAAUAUAGAUAAGAAAAACUGCAGUGGUAAGCUGUGGCUGAUGUUUUUGUGUCAUUCAAUCAUUUUUGUUUGUGGGACCACACUGUAAGUGAUCCAGCAGGCCGGUGGUAGUUAUAAAGGGGAUGAUUAGGAGCUGUUAUCCAUUAUUCCUGCAAGUGAGCACAGAUGAAUUUAUUGUCGUGGAGAGUGAAAGGAUGUGUGCAAGGCAUUUGUUAUUGAUGGUGGCUGGAUAGCAGCAAGUUUAAUGAUGACUUUUUUUUUGCUAAUUUAUUUUUUUUCCUGCUCACUCCUGCUGCCCAGGACCAUUCACUCAGUUUUUUGUUUAGUUUAGUUGUUUUUUUUUUUUUUUUGAUGGGGAGUAAAUUCUGUCCAUUGAGCUGUUGGGGAUCAGAAGGAUCCAAUUACUAUAUAUAAAAAAAAAAAAAAAAAUUUGGAGU